CAAGAGCCCGGUACCGAUACCGAACAAGCGCGCGUUUUACGGCAACAUCCAAUUUUUUGGAGAUAUCAGUUGGUGUGACCACGAAAGUUCAGGGCAAAAACGUAAAAUAGUCCACAAAUUUAAGUUCAAAGUAGCCCCGAUUGUGUUUGAGUCUAAUCUGUUCAAGUGAAUUCAUUAGAAAGCAUGGAGGGAUUCGACGAUGCAGGAGUAUUCUUCUCGGACAACUUUGGCGACGACGGGCAGCAGCAGAACUCGAAUCAGAUCAACCUGCAGCAGCUGAAGAAAAAGUACCGAGAAUUCAUCCGGACCUUCUGCGAGGCCAAUUUCAGUUAUAAAUAUCGAGAUACCUUGAAGCGGAACUAUCUGCUGGGACGAUACUAUCUGGAGGUGGAAAUCGAAGACUUAACGGGAUUCGAUGAAACCCUGGCGGAUAAGCUUUACAAGCAGCCGACGGAACAUUUGCAAAUUUUCGAGGAAGCAGCUAGAGAAGUGGCUGAUGAAAUCACGGCUCCCAGACCGGUAGAUGAGGAGCAGAUUCAUGACAUUCAAAUUCUGCUCACUUCCGGUGCCAAUCCGACAAAUAUUCGCGACAUGAAGUCGGAAUGUGUUUCGCGGUUGGUCAAGAUCGGCGGUAUAAUUAUUGCAGCCUCCGGGAUCAAGGCUAAGGCGACCAGAAUUUCAAUUCAGUGUCGUUCCUGCAGCAAUGUGAUUCCGAAUCUGCCGGUCAACCCAGGUUUGGAGGGUUACCAGCUUCCAAGAAAGUGUACCACGGAACAGACCGGUCGCCCAAGCUGCCCUUUAGACCCCUAUUUCAUCAUGCCGGACAAGUGCAAAUGUGUUGACUUUCAGGUGCUGAAGCUGCAAGAAUUGCCGGAUUUUAUUCCCCAAGGAGAGAUCCCUCGGCACAUGCAGCUGUUUUGCGAUCGUACCCUUUGCGAGCGAGUGGUUCCGGGUAAUCGAGUUCUGAUUCAUGGAAUCUUCUCGAUUCGCAAAAUUGGAAAGCCAAGUAGACAGGAUGGUCGCGAGAAGGCCAUCAUUGGUGUUCGAGCUCCGUACAUGAGGGUGGUUGGAAUCACGGUUGACACCGAGGGCAUGGGAUCUAUUUCGCGGUUCAGCAACAUCACGACCGAGGAGGAGUCGCUGUUCCGCAAGUUGGGGGCCAAUCCGAACAUUUACGACACCCUGGCUGAAAGUUUGGCUCCGAGCAUUUUCGGCUCGCAGGAUAUAAAAAAGGCUAUCGUGUGUCUGUUGUUUGGAGGAUCGAGAAAGCGUAUGCCGGAUGGGUUGAACCGUCGUGGUGACAUCAACAUUUUGCUUCUCGGAGAUCCCGGUACGGCAAAGUCUCAGUUGUUGAAGUUCGUGGAGAAGGUAGCACCGAUUGCAGUUUACACGUCCGGCAAAGGAUCCAGUGCUGCUGGUUUGACGGCUUCGGUGAUCAGAGAUCCGGCGACGCGCAACUUCGUAAUGGAAGGAGGUGCCAUGGUACUGGCUGAUGGCGGUGUGGUCUGUAUUGAUGAGUUUGAUAAGAUGAAGGAAGACGAUCGCGUCGCUAUUCACGAAGCUAUGGAACAGCAAACGAUUUCCAUCGCCAAGGCUGGCAUCACGACCACUCUUAACUCGCGUUGUUCCGUCCUGGCCGCUGCCAAUUCCAUCUUCGGUCGCUGGGACGAUACCAAGGGUGAGGAGAACAUUGAUUUUAUGCCAACGAUCCUGUCCCGUUUCGACAUGAUCUUCAUCGUGAAGGACGUUCACGAUCAAACCAGGGAUAUUACGUUGGCCAAGCACGUCAUGAAUGUCCACAUGAAUGCCAACAAGACAACGCUGGAAACGCAAGAAGGGGAGAUUCCGUUGGCUCAAUUCAAAAAGUACAUCAACUACUGCCGGAUGCAUUGUGGACCUCGCUUGAACGAGGAAGCAGCUGAGAAGCUCAAGUCCCGCUAUGUGCUGAUGCGCAGCGGUGCUGGUGAACAUGAACGCAUGGCGGACAAGCGCCUCUCUAUCCCGAUCACCGUUCGUCAGCUGGAAGCCAUCAUCCGUAUUUCGGAGUCUCUUGCAAAGAUGCAACUUCAGCCGUUCGCCACUGAAGCGCAUGUCACGGAAGCGUUGCGCUUGUUCCAGGUGUCAACCCUUGAUGCCGCCAUGUCCGGUUCGCUGGCCGGAGCGGAAGGCUUCUCCACUGAAGAGGACACCGAAGUGCUGCACCGGAUCGAGAAGCAGCUAAAACGUCGCUUUGCCAUCGGCUCCCAGGUUUCGGAGCAGAGUAUCAUUCAGGACUUUGCCAGACAAACCUAUCCAGAGCGGGCAAUUCUGAAGGUGAUCCACACCAUGAUCAGGCGCGGUGAGCUGCAGCAUCGCCUCCAGCGCAAAAUGUUGUACCGAUUAUCGUGAGCCGGUGAUGUGGGCUAACUGUGUACCUUUUUCAUUAUAUUUUUAGUUGCGUUUUGACCCAUUUUUAUAUUACAUAAUUUUAGGAUUAAUUUGAAUAAAAAAAAAUCUUAAAUUGA